UAUGCUAAUAUUGAUAAGGGAAGAUAUCAAAAGAUAGAACAAGUCCAAAACAUGGAAGUCCAAGAAGAUGGAGACCAUUUCAUAAGCUCGCAGUUGGGAGGCUUGGCAGGCACCCAAAUGGCUCUAAGAGCUGCAAUUGAGCUGAAAGUGUUCAGUAUAAUCGCAGAUGCAGGGCCUGAUGCUCAUCUUUCUGCAGCAGAGAUAAUUUCAAAGAUCCCAACAAAAGAUCCAAGUUCUGCAGCAUGGACUUUGGAGAGGGUGCUAAGAGUUCUUGGUGGAAACUCCAUCUUAUCAAUAAUAUCUCGGAAGCCGUCAGGAAAUAAUGGAGAACAUGGACUCCAUGAAUGGACCUAUGGCCUGACCAAGCAAAGCCGAUGCUUAGGGAGUAGCAGUAGUACCACCGACGAGCUGGCAAGUUUCACAACUUCCUUUAUCUUAUUUACUACUGAAAGGGAGAUGCUGGAAAGCCAAUAUAUGAUCAAGGAUGCGGUGCUUGAUCCUGGAAGCUCGCCAUUCUACAAGGCCUAUGGAGUGAACUUUUUUGACUACAUGGGAGAGAAGCCAAGAUUGAGACAACUGUUCGAUGAGUUUAUGGAAGUUAGCGGUAAAUUACAGUUUGAGGAUGUGUUUAAGUUGUACGGUGGCUUCAAAGAUUUGAAGGAGUUGAUGCAUGUGGGGGCGGCAUUGGAACCACUCAUCCAAAGAUAACCUCUACGUAUCCACACGUUCGUGGAUUGAACUUUGAUCUGCCCCAUGUAAUUGAUGCUGCUCCCAAGCUCCCAGUGUAUACUCCAUAACUGGGAUGAUGAGCAUUGCAAGAAGUUGUUGAGAAAUUGCUGGGAAGCAUUACCACAAGAGGGAAAGGUGAUAAUCGUGGAAAUGGCAAUCUCUGAAGAAUUGGAAAACAAUGUCGAGGCAAAGGACAUUCUAAUGGAAGACUUCUUUAUGAUGCUCCUAACAAAUGGAGGUAAAAAGCGAACACUAGCAGAAUUCAAGGAUCUGGGAAAAGCUGUAGGGUUUACUAAAGUGGACAUCUUCCCAAUGCCUCAUUGGUCAGUUCAUGUUAUAGAGUUUCAUAAGUAAUUAAGAGUACUCAUGUGUGAGUUCCAAUUUGCCAGAAUAAAACAAAAUGGUUGAGAAUAAAAUUUAAAGCAAUGCAGAGCAAACAAAAACAAAAGGAAGACCUAGUGUACCUUAAUUUCGUGUUUUAAUUUCUUUAUAAUUAAAAAUUUAACUUUCUGUUGCUUUGUA